ACGGAGGUGGGGGUGGGGGAAGGGCAGAAGGGCUGGAGCUGCGCGCGGAAUAGUCUGGGAAAUGUAGUCUGACCUGGAGGAAGCGAACGGGAGUGCGCAUGUUUAGGAGGGCUCAGCCACCCUCGGAACACUGAAGUGAGGCUGGGAGUCCCUGCACCGCGAAACUUCAGGAGGGGACUGAGAUGGAGUUGGGACUACAGAAGGGGAUGGAUUCUGGGGUUCCGGCUGCCCAGCUAGACCUUGAGCCUCAGCAGAGGUCUGAGAACUCCCUGUGCUGUCACGCGAGCUUUCCAAUUGCCACCAUUGCUACGGCGACAGAUCUCUUAAGCUCCCUAAAGUAGUGACGCUAAAGUAGUGGUAGAUUUCUGGGAAAUGUAUUUCCGUGCCCUCCUCUACUUGUUUAGUGGCUGUUCCAAGUUUCUCCUAGGGUUUCGAGUUUACUUGGCACCCUAAGGCGGCAGAGGUGUGACCCACAGAAAUCUAACUGCCUCUAAGUUGAUGCCACCCCAAUAAUAAAUUCAGAUUUUCACAAAGUUCCAGUUGCAGAAAGUAUGUAGGGAAGGGAAGUCAGCCCUAUUUGCAGGUGAGGAAACUGCAGACUUCAGAGUUCACUAGGCACAGAGGAAUCAGCAUCUCGGACCUUCCUUGCAGACUGUUGCUCCAGUGAUUUGGGGGCCUCUGAGGGUCCUCAGAAGUCCCUCCCAUCUCUCCGUUACCUCCGAACGCCAACUAAAUUAGAGAACUGAAGAAAUGGAUGGUUGCUAAAUGUGAUGAGAUAGCUUCAGGUGUUGGAGAGGAGCAGUGGAAAGGCGUUGCCUGAGAGAAGUUGGGAUGCGGGAUAAGGGACAGACACUGACCUGAGACCUGAUCUGGUACUCCUGAUGAGACCCACCAUGCUGGGAUCCCCAGGCCGUGCACCCUCAGAAAAUGAACCCGUUGUGGUGAAGCUGGAGGACACUGAGGAGGAGGAAGAAGGCAGUCUGUGGGACCCAGGCCCUGAGGCUGCACGUCUACGCUUCCGGUGCUUCCGUUACGAGGAGGCAAUUGGCCCUCAGGAAGCCCUGGCCCAGCUCCGAGAGUUGUGUCACCAGUGGCUACGCCCAGAGGUACACUCCAAGGAACAGAUGUUGGAACUCUUGGUGUUGGAACAGUUUCUAGGUGCACUGCCUCCUGAGAUACAGGCCCACGUGCAAGGGCAGUGGCCAGGCAGCCCUGAAGAAGCUGCUGCCUUGGUUGACGGGCUUCGAUGGGAGCUGGAUGGACCUCGGAAAUGGGUCACAGUCCAGGUACAGGGAAAGGAGAUCCUAUCAGAAAAGAUGGAAUCCUCCAGCUUCCAGCCUAUACCUCACAUCAAGCUCCAGACUCCAGAGCCUGGGGCUGAAACUCCCCCUGAGGCCAUGCAGGAAUUGCCACCGCCAGUGAACCUUCAAAUGAAAGAGGAGGAGACAGAGGUGAUGGAGAAUCCAGAACUCCUGGAUUCUGGGCCUCUUCCUGCUGCCCAAGAGGCUGCAGCUGCUCUCCUACCUAAGGAGGCCCAGGGCCAUGGGACAGCACUGGACCAGACCUCUCCUCACAGCAACACUGAACCUGAUGUGGCCCCAUGGAGUGAGGACCCUGUAGCCCUGUGGCAAGAGGAAGUAGGUGGCAUCUUCUCACCAGGGUUUGCGCUUCAGAUGGACAGCAUCACGGCAGAGCCAGAUACGGUGAGCCCCCACCUCCAUGUUCCCUGGGAUCUCGACAUGGCUAGCCUCUCUGGACAGAUGCAGUCCCCCUCCCGAGAAGGUGGCUUCGCCCAUGACCUCGUGCUCCCCAGCAACCCGGGAGGUGAACAGGACCCUGCCUGCGAGAAUCCCUGCCCCAGUGUGGGCCCAGCACUGGUGGCGACUCGCCGACUUGCCCCAAAGAGCCGGAGCCGGGGUCGCCCUAGUACCGGGACUGGAGCGGUGCGAGGCGGCCGCUGUGACGUGUGUGGCAAGGUGUUCAGUCAGCGAAGCAAUCUGCUGCGGCACCAGAAGAUCCACACGGGCGAGCGACCGUUCGUGUGUGGCGAGUGCGGCCGCAGCUUCAGUCGCAGCUCUCACCUGCUGCGCCACCAGCUCACGCAUACCGAGGAACGGCCUUUCGUGUGCUGUGACUGUGGCCAGGGCUUCAUGCGCAGCGCGCGCCUGGAAGAACACCGGCGAGUGCACACGGGUGAGCAGCCAUUCCGCUGCGCAGAGUGCGGCCAGAGCUUUCGGCAGCGCUCCAACUUACUACAGCACCAGCGCAUCCACGGUGACCCGCCCGGCCCAGCACCACUUACCCUGCCCCUCCCGGGAGUUCCCGAGCCCCCGGGCCCCUUCCCGUGCAGCGAGUGCUGUGAGAGCUUCCCACGACGUGCAGUGCUGCUGGAGCACCAGGCGGUACACACUGGGGACAAAUCCUUCGGAUGCGUGGAGUGCGGCGAGCGCUUUGGCCGCCGCUCGGUGCUGCUGCAGCACCGGCGCGUGCACAGCGGUGAACGGCCCUUCGCCUGUGCCGAGUGCGGCCAGAGCUUCCGGCAGCGCUCCAACCUCACCCAGCACCGGCGCAUCCACACCGGCGAGCGGCCCUUCGCCUGCGCCGAAUGUGGCAAAGCCUUCCGCCAAAGGCCCACACUCACGCAACACCUGCGUGUGCACACAGGCGAGAAGCCCUUCGCCUGCCCCGAGUGUGGCCAGCGCUUCAGCCAGCGACUCAAGCUCACUCGCCACCAGAGGACCCACACGGGCGAGAAGCCCUACCACUGCGGUGAGUGCGGCCUCGGCUUCACGCAGGUGUCCCGGCUCACUGAGCACCAGCGCAUCCACACUGGUGAGCGGCCUUUCACUUGCCCCGAGUGUGGCCAGAGUUUCCGGCAGCAUGCCAACCUCACCCAGCACCGACGCAUCCACACGGGCGAGCGGCCCUAUGCGUGCUCCGAGUGUGGCAAAACCUUCCGUCAGCGGCCCACACUCACGCAGCACCUGCGCACUCACCGGCACGAAAAGCCCUUCGCCUGCCAGGACUGUGGCCGCCGCUUCCACCAGAGCACCAAGCUCAUUCAGCACCAGCGUGUACACAACGCUGAGUAGGUCAAAAAACACCUCACACUGUUGUUGUGAGGCUGGCAUCGCCCAACAGGCCCGCUGAGGACCAGGUCUUCAGUAGGUGCUCAAUAGAUAGAUGAUGCUUCCCCACCUGCACGGUUCUUCUGCCCACCUUACGGCUGUUUCAGGUUGGGCAUAUCCUCUGUGCCAUGGCCUUCCGUAUACUUCCCAAGUAACCGUACCUACCACACCUGCUCUCUUGUGGAAUAUACUCUGUACCAUACCUCUGGGUUAUACAAUAGGUAUGCCCAGCCUCAGAUGGUGAAAAGUAGCCACACUCACACACACAAAAAAAAUUAAUCAGGGUCUAGUCGAGAGUUCUACCCGGGCGGUGGUGGCCCAUGCCUUUAUCCCAGCACUCUGGAGGCAAAAGCAGUUGGAUAUCUGUGAG